AUGGAAGACAAAGUGAUCGUACUGGAUUUCUGGUCAAGUUCAUGGGCGAUGAGAGUGAAGGAUGCUUUGGCAGAGAAGGGGAUCGCAUUUGAGUCCCAGGAACAGAACUUGAUAGACAAGAGCCCUCUGCUUCUUGAAAUGAACCCAGUUCAUAAGAUGAUUCCUGUUCUUAUUCACAAUGGGAAGCCCAUUUGCGAGUCAAUUAACAUUGUCCAAUACAUUGAUGAGGUUUGGAAUGGCAAGUCUCCCUUGCUACCCUCAGAUCCUUAUCAGAGAUCCCAAGCCAGAUUCUGGGCUGAUUACGUCGACAAGAAGAUCUAUGGCAAUGCCAAGAAGUUAUGGAAGGAGAAAGGAGAAAAACAAGAGGAGGUAAAGAUGGAGUUUAUAGAAGGAUUGAAAACCCUCGAAGGAGAGCUUGGAGAGAAGCCUUAUUUUGGUGGUGAAGGCUUCGGAUUUGUGGAUGUGGUGUUUGUUCCUGUCACCAGCUGGUUCUACUCUCUUGAGAUUUGUGCGAAAUUCAGCAUCGAAGCUGAGUGUCCAAAGAUCACUGCCUGGAUCAAGAGGUGCAUGGAAAAGGAGAGCGUGUCCAGUUCACUUGCCGAUCCUCAUAAGGUCUAUGACUUUGUUUUGCUGCUUAAGCAGAAAAUGGGUAUAGAAUAG